CUUUAAUCUAUAGAUCAAUCACACGGCUUCUAAUUAUCAUAUGUUUAUAAGCUGAAAAAUAGAGUCUAAACAAAAUAUAAGUCAAAGAGCCAGCGCGCCACGAGAACGAACAAUACUGAACAAGACAGCAUAGGUCCUGGACCGACCCCCCGAAAGAAAACCGACCCGAAAGAACAAAAAGAAAAAUACACCACCCGAGACCACCGCGCCCGUCCCCAACCAACCAAAAAAUCAAACCCGAAAUCAAAAGCGAAACUCUCUCUCUAUUAAUUCCAAGGGAAAUAAGACAGGGCCCGUCUGGGGAAGCCGGCCUGGAGGCGCGCGCGCGCCUUGGCCCUAGUCGCACAUACGUACUACUUUUCUUUUGCCGCCGCCCCACUCUGCCCACGCCGCCCUCUCCGCCAUGCCCUCGCAGCAGCUCGUUUUGGACAACGGCGCGUACCAGAUCAAGGCCGGGUUUGCGGACCACGGCCUGCCGCUCGCCGUGGACAACACGCUCGCCAAGGCGCGCGACGGCAUCGUCUACAUCGGCAACGAGUACCGGGCACACGCCAACUUGCACCUGGGCAUCAGCUUCAAGCGGCCGCACGACCAGGGCCACUUGACGCUGUGGGAGACACAGAAACCCGUGUGGGACUACACGUUGGACCGGCUCCUGCCGCGCCGCGCGCUCGACCCGCUGGACGUGCGGCUCGUGUUGACGGAGCCGCCGUUCCAGCUCCCGCAGCUCUCCAUGAACACCGACCUCGUGGUGUUCGAGGAGUACGGCUUUGCGGAGUACUACCGCUGCGCCGCGGCGCAGCUCGUGCCGUGGGCCGUGCCGCGCGCGCCGCCGGACUACGCGUUGGUGGUGGACUGCGGCCACGGCGCCACGCACGUGGUGCCCGUGUUGGGCCAGCGCGUGAUGUGGGCGGGCGUGCGCAAGCUCCCGUUCGGCGGGCGCCACGUGACCGGGCUCCUCCGCGAGACGGUGGCGUUCCGCCACUACGACGUGGCGGCCGAGCCGGUGCUCCUCAACACCAUCAAGGAGCAGACGCUGUACGUGGCGGCGGACUUUGGGCAGGCGCUCCGCGCGCGGCUGCGCGCCGCGUGCGAGUUUGUGCUCCCGGACUUCAAGACCACGGCCACGGGCCACGUGCGCGAGCCCGGGCGCCCGCUUGCGCCGGGCGCGCAGACCAUCGUGCUCCGCGACGAGCGCUUCACGGGCCCGGAGGCGUACUUCCGCCCGGAGAUCUUGUUGGACAACUGCGCGUGGUCGCGCAGCGCGGUGCUCCAGAACGCGGGCUUCCGGAACCUCCCGGCGUUGGUGGUGGACGCCAUCAUGGCGUGCCCGGCGCCCGUGCGCCCGAUGCUCCUGGCCAACAUCCACGUGGUGGGCGGCGCCGCCAACUUGCGCAACUUCCGCGCGCGGCUCGCGGCGGACUUGCGCCUGGAGCUCCCGGCGGCCUGGGGCGUGCGCGUGGUGGACCAGGCCCAUGCCUUGGACCACGCGGCCUGGCACGGCGGCUGCGCCUUGGCGCAUUCGGACGUCUUGGACGCCGUCAAGAUCACCAAGCAGGAGUUCUACGAGCACGGCGCCAGCUGGUGCCAGAAGCAGUUUGGCUUCCGCAACUUCGCCGACUCCUAGGAGAUGGACAGGACUUGGAAGGGACUUGGAAGACGGGACUUGGAAGACGGGACUUGGAAGACGGCUACAUGAAUGACGGGACAUGAAUGACGGAUACAUGAAAGACGAGACUUGGAAGACGGGA